AUGGCAACCGACGGAGGCGAUAACAAAGGCCCCACCGGAAGUUCGCAGUAUAUCAAGGAUUUAGAGGUUCACGUGACUGGACAUCCCAGAAGCUCUGCGAUGACACUGGAGCACGGGGAUCGACAAAGUAUCCAGGUUCGUCCAUGGAAAAAGCGUAACAGUAACAUGGAUACGAACAAGCGGGUCAGAAAGCGGCUCCGUCGCUACAAAGAAGAAGUCGGGCGUGAACUUGUUAAUUACACCUCCACUUGUAGACAGCCGCUGGAUAAUAUGCUUCAGCUUCACACACCUGUGUGGUACGGCGCGCUGGCUAAAGGUCAAGGUUCAGCUGUCCUACAUAUCUUAGUGCGGAAAGUUCAGUGGGAAAAUCACGUUUU